ACACAAAGCGGCUGGGCGAAGCCUUGGCGGGGUUCUGGCUCUGGAUCUCUCCCUCCGACCCAAAGCCAGGGCGGGGGAUUGGAGGCGGCGGAAGGAAGGAAGGAAGGAAGGGACCGACGUUGGCAGCAGCCCUGCCCCGGGCCCCAAGAUGCACAGGAUAUUGGCCUUAGUUGUCUGGUGUUUCCUGCAAGUGGAAGGCAGGCACCCCGACAUUGCCCCCGCCCGGAGCAGCAGCCCCGCCAGUUUCUUGGACAAUGACAAAUGGCUGAGCACCGUUUCCCAAUAUGACAAAGAUAAAUACUGGAACAAGUUCAGAGACGAUGAUUAUUUCAGAAACUGGAAUCCAAACAAGCCCUUCGAUCAAGCUCUUGAUCCAUCCAAAGAUCCAUGUUUGAAGGUAAAGUGCAGCCCACAUAAAGUGUGUGUCACUCAUGACUAUGAGACAGCCAUUUGUGUAAGCCGCAAACAGCUAGUACACAGCCUUCGACAAAAGAAAGCCAAUCUUCCACAGAGACAUUGGACUGUACCAGCAAAUUUAAUAAAAUGCAAGCCAUGUCCAUUGAUGCAUGCCAAUUCUAUCUGUGGAUCUGAUGGACAUACUUAUGCAACAAAGUGCAAAUUGGAUUUUCAUGCCUGUACAUCUGGAAAAAAUAUUGUGGCUCGAUGUGAGGGGCCUUGCCCGUGCCUUCCAGGACAAGAAAGUCCGAAACACAAGACUGAGAAAACUGCUUGUACAGAUAAGGAGCUGAGGAAUCUAGCAUCCCGUCUGAAAGACUGGUUUGGUGCUCUUCAUGAAGAUGCAAACCGUGUAAUCAAGCCAACAAGCUCGGAUUCAGCACAAGGCAGAUUCGACACUAGCAUAUUACCAAUCUGUAAGGACUCGUUGGGCUGGAUGUUCAACAAACUGGAUAUGAACUAUGACCUUCUUCUUGAUCACUCUGAAAUCAAUGCCAUUUAUCUUGAUAAAUAUGAGCCAUGCAUUAAACCGCUCUUUAACUCCUGCGAUUCUUUCAAAGAUGGAAAGCUUUCAAACAAUGAAUGGUGCUACUGUUUUCAGAAGCCUGCAGGUCUCCCUUGCCAGAAUGAGAUGAACAGAAUUCAGAAGCUGGGCAAAGGGAAAAGUCUGAUGGGUACUUUCAUUCCACGAUGCAAUGAGGAAGGCUAUUACAAAGCGACUCAAUGCCAUGGAAGUACUGGCCAGUGUUGGUGUGUUGAUAAGUACGGCAAUGAGAUUGCCGGCUCAAGGAAGCAAGGGACUGUUAGCUGUGAAGAAGAGCAAGAAACCUCAGGGGAUUUUGGCAGUGGUGGGUCAGUAAUAUUAUUGGAUGAUCUGGAAGAAGAACAUGAAACAACAAAAAAAGACAAAGAAGGGAAACAGAAGAUCCAUGUAAGAGCAGCUAAUGAUGAUGAUGAUGAUGAAGACGAUGAUAAGGAUGAUGAAAUUGGCUAUAUAUGGUAGUUCCAAUAGCUCUGAGAACUCAUGUUUUGCACAAUAUCACAAGUCAUUUCGUAACUCUUCAAUGGUAACUGAAGCAUCAGGCAUAAUACACGGGCUCAGCCUAAGGCUGUAUGGGCAUUCCAAUAUGCACACCGAUCUCCCUCAAAAUGGGGCUCCCCUUUCACUUUACUGCAGGGCAAAACUCCACAAGCACAAUGGAGGUUAGCAUGCAUUCAUUGAAGUGAACUGGGAAGCACUUUCCCACACAAGAGCUCCUUGCACAUGUGAGACUGGCUUUGCACACACAUGUGCAUUGGAGCUCCUGGGCCCAGCAAACUGCAGAAUGGGGAACAUUCUCUAUCAAACUUGAUUUAAGUUUGUACACUGUGUUUAGCUUGGAAGACAGCCUUCCCCCUCAACUAGCUACUGUUCUGAAUAAGUGUAAGUAUUGUUCUCUAUUACUGGCAUGGUGGUGCAUUCUGUUUAGUCAAACUUCCAUAGUUUAAUCUAUUCACACAGUGCAUCAUUUUUAAUGAAAUGCAGAACGCUGCAGGGAGUCAGCACAUCUGAGCAACAUUACUAGGCUCCUCUUCUUUCAUCAAUGUUGGAAGUUUUCAAUUAAUUGGUUUUUUUAAUUGCACCAUUCGUUGUAAGUUAUUACUGUGUUUUCCUUCUUUAAUGCCAAAAGCAGGUGGUUAUUUUUUCUCUCCAUCUGGGACUUGGUAUACAAAAUCAAAUCCCUUAGCAUCUUCCAGUGUGGCUUCAAAUUGGAAGUCAUUCCUUCUUACUUAUUCUUCACUUACUCUGACACUGUUUGCCACAACGUAUCUCCAGCAGAACCCAGUUAAGUAAGACUGUAGGACAAAAUCUCAUUUGACAUCUACUGUCAUUAACCAGUGUCAGUUUUGCUCAAAUAUAAUCAAUAUAGUCUUCAUUUUGUAAACUGUUUGAGAAAGCUUGAAAACCCUCUGUGCCUGUGUCUAUAGGCUCAUGCACAGGCAUACAAACGUCUAGUAAGAAGAGUGGUUUUUCAAAGCAUGUCAGGAAGAAAUGCUUUCCAAAACUGCUUCUAUAUUUUUAUUUUUUGCAAUCAUUUUGCCAGCUUGCAAGUCUUGGAUUUUGCUUUGAUCAAGUUUGCGCUAAUGCUAUGCAAGCUGCUUCUGCUUCCUAAAUAGCAUUCCACUGGAUUUGCUGAAAAUGCUUUUUCUUCAUUUACUCUAAAUGAUUCCUUAUUUGGAAGCACUGAAGCUGUCAGAGGCGCUAACCAUCAAAAGUAAUAAGCUGUCUUUGCUUUAGUUUAAAUUAUUAAUAUUUAUUUGCUCUAUUUUACAAGAAAAAACAUCCUAAGGCAGUUGUGCUUAUAGUUACUAUCACUUCUGGUUAAAAUGACACGUGAUCACUUAUGAGUCAGAGGAGCAUGUUUAAAAUUAAUACGUAAGCCUCCUCGUCUGUGUUGCCAUGUCGCCAUAGCACCAUCCCACUGCACCAUGUGGCUCUUUGGUACAGGAACAUGAAGGUGCCAUAGCAAACGCUUUCUCAUGUUUGUUAUCCAAAUAAGGGCAAAACAUGAUGAAUGUGUCUGAGGAACAUGGAGAGGAUGAAAAUGAUUUUAUAACAAGCCUCCUGAUAUUCUCAUUAAAUUCAAGGGAGUAAUUGCCAGAUGUUUCUUAAAUUCUGCAGACACCAAGAGUCAUGAUCACUUUUGUCUGUCAGGGCAAACACAGUGCUGUUAUAUCAGAAAUGAUUUUGAACACUUCAAAAGAAAAAAAAGCUUAUAUUUCUGUGAGAAAGUGCUACUUUUUUAUUGUGGAUUUCUGUACAGUUUUCUGGCAGCUGCACAGUGGUAUCUGUCCUCAGACUCUUGUCUGUUGUGUGUGAUAUUUAGCUUAUUUAUGCAUUUUGCUUCUAGUGUCACAAGGUCUGGGGUUGCUUUUUUUAAACAGUGUGUUAUAGAAAAGUCCGGUUGCAUUGAUGAGCCCUUCCAAUAGUAAUGCCAAAUGCCAUGAUGUUAAUAUUGCAUUUCGUCUAUUUCUGUUGGUUUUGAUAUUGUCAGAAAGAGCAGCCUAAAUUCAUUGAUCUUGUAAACUUUUAAUAAUACCUUGCUGAGACAGUGCCUCCCACAUACAGCCUUAGCCUGACAUCCUGGGCACAAUGGAUUCCAAUAUUUAAAUGGGCAAAUUGUCCUUUGGUUUGUCAAGGAACCAAAGGACCACCACUAGGCAACCAUCCAUAAAUAUAAAUUUUCUAUAUCUAAAUAAAUGGAUAGUCCAUCCCUGUUGAAGUACAUCCAUAUUAUAGCUCUGGCGUGUUCAUCUGCUUUAGCCAGAGCAGUGGAAACACUGGCUUGUUCUGUUGUGAUUAAACGUAAUGGGAUCCAAUGAAGACAUUGGGCUCUGCUCUAUUGCAAUUUGGCCUCUGUCACAGCCCUUAGACCAGCUGUUGGAUUCAUAUGGCCCUCCAGAUGUUUCUGAUUGCAUUCUUUAUGCUCUUGGUUUGGCUGCUGGAUGUUGCAGUUCAACAACAUGGAAUCACAGAGUUGGAAGAGACCUCAAGGGACAUCGACUCCAACCCCCGAGCAUGCAAGAAUACAUGAUCAAUACACAUCUAGGGAGCCACUCAGUUCUGACUCCUGCCUUUGAUCAAAAAUUGAACAAUGGAGGUUUGUGUUGAAUUUCUAUCCCAAAGGUUGCCAUGCAAUGUGGGGGAAGGGGUGCUCUGCCUUCCUCUCCACUCCUGCUUCUCUCUCAGUAAAGCCAUACAAUUUCCUUUAUGCAGGAUGGUUAUAACACACAAAACGUAAAAGACAGCUACUGACAGAGUCAGGCUUUUGGCUUCUUUGCAAUGGGGAUAGAGUCAUGUCUUAGUUCAAGUGUAAAGUCUCUCCUAUGUCUUUACAACUCCUAACUCAUACUCACAAGGCACAUCAGAGGAUCGAGCCAUGGGAUUAUUACUGUUGUAGCUCAGUCUCAGUGUUGAAAGCAAUUAAUAGGAUUAUAAAUGCUUCUCAACAAAAAGAGGUUUGCCACUUUUAAGGGUUUCUUGGCUGUACAGUGAAUUGUAUAUUAUGAGCUUUGACUAGAGCUAUUGAACAAAUUAGUUACAUAAUGGUGAAUUAGAAACUGUAGCGAUGUACUCAGUUUCAUCAUAUUGAUCACUUAGAUCAGUGGUUCUCAACCUGUGGGUCCCCAGAUGUUUUGGCCUUCAACUUCCAGAAAUCCUAACUGGCUGGGAGGCCAAAACACCUGGGAACCCACAGAUUGAGAACCACUGGCUUAGAUAAUGUAAUAAAACCUGCACAAACCAAGGUAACAGUGGUUUCAGCAUGGGCAUUAUCUUUUUUUGUACUUCCAGGACAACUGCCAUUUAGGUAUUGUUCUCACUCGUUCGCUUGCGUAUGUUCACAUGCAUAUACACAAUACCAGUGUAUGAGCAGCUGUUCUUGAAUGCAUGUGUCAGUAUGUGGCUAUUUCAUUUGUGUGCAGGAAACUAGUCAGAAUCAAUACUUGAUCAACGUUAUUCCCAUAGAACCUAUACCUAUAUCAUAUCAACAUCAAGAAAACUUAAUGAAUAAUGACUACAAUAUGCCAUAGUUCUACAGGAUAUACCGUAAUAAGCUUCAUUAUCUUCUGAACCAGGGCCAUAAUUUUUAUGCAGAUUACAAUCUUGAAGUGAAUUGUAUUAUUAAUGGUGCAAGUCAUAUGGUUACACAUCCAGACAAAAUUUGAACAGCGGGGUUUUUUUUCUAAUUUUGUGUGCCUGGCAUCAGUGCUCUACCUAAAUGCUGAUUCCAUUGUCUUAAAACAUAAGUGAUAGUUUUUAAUAGGACUUUUGUAUGUAUUCACAGUCAUGAACACAUAUUAUAUUGUAGUCUUUGAAAUAGAUGCUUCACAUUCUUUACCUACAAAUAAAUAAAACAUAUUCAUUCAUUCUAGCAAAUCUGGAAUAAUAUAGCAAAAUGAGAAAAUUACAAGGAAGGAUUGUAUAUAUCAGCAUAGAAUUAAUCAACAGAAGUGGAGCAACAAUAGUUUCAAGAAUCUUCAUAUUAAUUUUUCCUACAAAAUAAAUAGUUGAAAACACAUCCUGGUUCAAACUAAUAUUUAUGGAUUAUAUUCAUUCUGACUUCUUCCCAUUUGAUUUCCUAUUUCUAUUUAAACAAAUAAAUCUUAACAUUAAAAAAGGGCAAAAUCUCAAGGGCAUGUUGCAAAAUUGCCACUUAUUCUGGUAAUUUCAUUUGGAUCAUAGCACCAGCAGCAACUAAAGACAUUCCAACCAUGUCAGAGCUCAGUAGUAACUUAAGGGAAAGAUCAAGUUUUUACAGUCAAGCACUCAUCAUUCUGUCCAAAUAGUGUCAAUGAAGCCACAUGAAAUUGCAUCCUUAUAAUCACCAAAUAAUAUGAUAGACAACCCCACAAUUUAUGCUGUAUCGUUUGCACCCCAUGAGGAAGGGCUGGAUAUACACGUUUUAGGAACUGGAAAAAAAAAUUAAACUUCAGGCAAUUGUAGAGAAGUAGUACAAUCCAAAUACAAACCCAUGGCUGGUUCUCUGAGGUCCCUAUUAAGCCACCAAAUAAAUGAUGCAAUUUAUUUCCCAUUAAAUUUCUUUUAGAGAAUAAAUAUAACUACUAUUUUGUUCUGAUAAGCUAAUAGGAGGCCUCCUAUCCCAGUUGCUGUGAAAAUUAUUUAUAGCAUCUAAUGGUUUGAUUUCUACCAGACAAAAUAUAAUGAUGAUGUUCCACUAUGCCAUAUAAAAAGAACAUAAAGUGGAGUUAUUUUGUACAAUAGUAUAUACAGUUUUGAUACUGUGGUCAGAACCACUAGCAGGUUCAAAGAGGUUGCAAUGAAGAGCAAUCAAAGAUGCAUGCAAGACCAAGCCAUAGAGUGACUUGUCUCUGAAAGUACACCCUCUAUAUUUCAUGUCUGUCUCAUGUAAAUCAACUUUUUAAAAUAACUAAGUCGCACUCAAGGAUUCUUCAGGUGAUUUCCUUAUGCUACAUUACAAAGACUGCCAAUAUUUUUUAUACCAACUGACUUUUUUCUUUGAUUUCUACACAUACAUUCAUGUACAAAUGAUGAGAUCCAACAAAAGCAACCUAUAGGUGAAAUAAAGAUCCCAUGUAAUGAUUUCAUGCACACAAAAAUGAGGUUAUUUGGCAAAACAGCUCCACAUCUGAUUCAUGGCUAAGACUCCAACUUCUUUCUGAAUAUUUCUGCAGAAAUCCAAAAGAAGGAAAGUGAAGGCAGAACAAUCAAGAGGAAGGGCAGAUAUAGCUAUCCAGGUGGCAACGUGACAUAACUCCCUUAUGUACACACCCCAACAAAGAAUCAGUGACCAUUUGGAUCAGGGACAGAGCUGUGCCUAAGCAAAGCUUAGCAGCUAUUGUUUAGGACAGCAUAAAGAAGCCAUUCACAUAAAGCAGUACUUCCUUACAAAACAUCCAAAAAAGUAGUAAUGUUAAUGUAAAUCCUUGUCAUAGUAGCAUAACUCAGCAACAAGAUUCCAGCUAUCAUGUACACUGUACUGUUAAACAUACUAUCGUAACUACCAAGGUUGAAUUUUCAGAUCAGAUUUUGGGAGGUGUGGAGAAUUACUUCCCAUUUAUUGGCCAUUCCUCCCAAAAAGUGAUGAAUGCUGUCAGUUCUAAUGGUGUUGACCAUUAACUGGAUCAAGAAGAUAGUCUUAGGUAGCGAUAUAGCCACUGUGACAUAUAGGAAUCUCUGGAGCAAGUCCUACAACAAUUUUCAUUUGAGUUCUUUAAAGUCACAGGAAUUCCUUUGGUUUUCUACCCACUUCCAAUCAAAAUAAAGCUUUCUAAAUGUAUGACUCUCACUAUUUCUGCCACAAUGAAAUGAUGAAAACUCAAAUGGCUAUGCAUAUUUCCAAAGGGCUAUGUUCCUUAACCCAAAAUGUCCAUAACAUUAAUAUUCCUGAAGUUCAUUUGAGCAGAAGACAAGGGACAAAACAUUGAACUGGAAGGAGAGUUCCAGAUCAGGGGUGAGAGUAAAAUUUUCUAAUGAUCUCUGUUAGUCACCAAAUCAGAAAUAAGAUUGAGUUCUAGUACAAUGCAGCGAAAAGUAGAAAACCUUCCAAAUAAUUGACAAAUUGUGGGAGUAGACCAGCAAGAUUCUUUUUCAGCACAACAACUUCAUCCCCUCCUCCUCUACCAUAUCAACGAGGAAGACUGGCUGAACUGUAAACUGUGGGCCCUUCCACACAUGCAUCAUAACCCAGGUUAAACUGGGUGGUGGCUAAGCGAUGUUUAGCUAAAAUGCAGGAAGAAUCAGAUUAAAGGACACAAAACACAUUCCAAAGUAAAGGAAAAAUCCAUAAAUCCAAACACUUCAAAUCCCAAGCAUUUUGGAUAAACAAUACUCAACCUGCAUUUGAGAAGAUUAAUUCUAGCACCUUCAAGCCUUUCAUAUCCCUUUCAGCUGGUGCAUGGAUAAUGGAAUACAGGCAAAGGUUUACCCUUCCUCCCUCCUAUUGAGUGCACAUUUCCACUCUCUCAAAGCUUUCCUUCCAAAUCUUCAAUAAUAUGACCUUACUAAUUUUAACUGAUUUUUUGCAAAACAGAACUCAUAACAAAAAACUAGUUUGACAUCAUUGGAUAAAUUAUGUAGCACAGUACAGCUGUAUUUAUGGAAACUUUCUCUACAUCAGUGGCAUUUAACAUGCAUUGAAGUGCAAAAUAUGGUCAUUGACAGUCCAUGCUGUAUAUUUCUGCAUGAGAUUUACCUUGAUGUAAAUGGCUUGUGCAAAACUGUCAGCCUAAUUUAAGAUAAUAGUCUCCCAGCACAUUAUUUAAGAAGUCUCCUAAAAGCAAAGACAAAUAAUUAUAUACUGGAAACAAUUUAGAACAGCAUCUUCAUUGUUUAAAUUAGGUUGAAUUAUUUUGACCUCUUUUAUUCACUAAAUCCAACACCGUUAUUACCCCCCCCACACACACACACACACAGAAUUUCUAUGUGAUCUUAUGAAGCAUUCAACAAAGCAUCCAGUAUAUAGAAACUGAAACAAAUGUUUAAAAUGUGAGGGGGGGGGUUGGGGGGGGAGAAGCCUUUAAUUAUCUGAACAGAUCCUGAUAGCCUUUCACACAUGAUUUCUCUAGAAACCAUUGAAAGCCACAACUGGUAAAAAAAAUAAUUGGGAUGUAGUAACAACUUUUUAAAAACUAACUUCACUUAAAUGUUACUAUUUUAACAACUCAUUAAAAUUUCCUGGAAAAGCAUGUAAAGCAAUGUGCCUAUUAUUUCCUAAUUUAUAAUCCUGUUUGUUCACUAUUGACAACUAAACAAUUAAUGAAGGCACCAUUACAUUCAUGCUGCAGGAGCUUUUUUUUAUGCCUUUCCAUUCCAGUUUCAGAACAUUUUUGAAGAAAGAUAUUCCAAUUCAGAAAAGCAUUAAACAAAAUACAGUAGAGCCGUUGGCUAUUAUACCAAAUAGCAGAAUUAAAUAUUUUAAUUCUCCCAUAUGACAACCUGAAGCUCUUAACUUGCCCCUAGGUUAGCUAAAUUGGUUUCUAUUUGAAAGCCAAACUACUCAGUUUUCCUUCAUAUGACUGAACUGCCGAAAAUGAAGGGAAAGUGCAGAGCAAAAAGGUUCCUACACUAAAAAGGAGACUAUCCCUGUAGUCUUCAACCAAUUACUCCCACAACUUCAACAGAGCCUGUUUCUAAUGAAUAAGCUUUGAGAAUUACAACCUAAUUCUGUCAUUUUAUCCUAACCAAAAAUGAUGACAGAAAAAAGAAAAACCACACUGAAGUUUUGUAAGAUUUUUGUAUUUUUGCUCCUCUAUGUGCUUUUUUAAUGCCCACAAAUAAUGGAUCCAAGACUAUUGCCUACCCCACCAUGACAAGUCAGGCAUACUACAGUAUUCAAUUACAUAAUGAUCCAAUGCACAUGAAAAUAAAUUUCACUGAAUUUAGGGGGACUUCCAACCAAAUAUAAAUAGGGUCAAGCUGCACCUCUGUGCUGAGCUGCUACUCUUUAGUUUAUUUUAUUGUCAUACUUGAAGUAACACAAUUAGUGGAUGGUUUGCUUAUCUGCCUUCUUGUAGCAAAGAAAUAGUAUAAGGUGCAAUCUAACCUAGGCUGAGCACUUUUCUCUCACACUGGUAAAUGGCAGAGUUUAUUCAAAUCCGUGGGAAUUGCUUAACUCAUUGAAUCUACGACUAUCAUUUGUAUCCGACCCCCAGAAAUCUCAGUUCACAAAUUCUACUCCAUAAAUAUAUGUAUUUGUUGACUUGCACUGCAGUCUUCUUUUUUCUGUUGUUCACUAUUCUUUUAAUGCACAGACUGCUUUCUACAGUGAAUACACAUCAAAAAGCCCUUUCUACAGUAGGUGGUACUUGGUCUUUUUAUACUUUUCUCAAUGCUGCUGAUGUCCGUUACUGUUUAAUGUGUAGCGUUGUAAGAGAUCCAAAAAAUAAGUGUUUAAGUUUUAUGUCCCUACUGUAGAUGGAAUGUACAAUAUCAUAGUUAAUUAGAGUAGCACAGUAAAUUAUGAAUGCUUUUUCCCCAUGAAGACUUAAAUGGAAUGUGAACAUUUUGCUGAUUUCCUUGGUUAACUGUAAAUGCUGAAUUGUAGUCCUAAGUAGUUGCAUUUUUGUCUGUCUCAAUAAAUUUUAAUUUGUAUGCGA